AUGGGUCUCCCCGAUCAUGCUGUUGAGCUCAAGGGCGGCUGUGACUGCGGCGCAAUCAGAUACAAGAUUUCAAUCCCACCGGUCGAGGAGCGUCCCCUGAGUCUCUCAAAGCCGGGGCCGACGUUCGACUCUCCACCGCCUCAUAUCGCCAAAGCACCACACAUUGCCGUGUGCUUCUGCAACAGCUGCCGAGCCGCCUCCAGCUCCUUUGCACCGGCCUACAUCGGCAACCCGGCGUACAUGGUGACCGUCUCCUGCCUCCCACAGGCAGACGAGCCCAGUGACGUCUCCCUCGAAGGCGUCAAGCGCCUUGUGGAACGAGACCAAGUCCGGUCCGACGAAGGCCGGCCCCCGUUUGUGCCCGCCGUCGAGGUGAUGCGGCCCGGCGCCCCUGGCGCCAAGGGGACGUGGGUGAGGUUCUACCGCGGCGCGGGCUGCAACGGGUUUGCCUCCCGGAGCUUCUGCGGACGGUGCGGGACAUCUGUCGGGUACCACUUCAACAUGUUCGCCGCGACCAACCCGCGCAUCACCCGUCCUGACGGGUGGGAGGAUAUCAUGGAUAUAUGCCUGGGUACAGUGGACCGGGAGGACCUCGAGAAGCCGUAUAUGCAGCCAGAGAGGUGGUAUAACUGGCCGACCGCGUUGCCGUGGAUCCAGGAGCUCUUCAAAGAUGCGCCGGGGCCGAGGCACCCCAGCUUCUUCACGGAGGACGUCCUGGAGUAG